AUGACAGUUAAAGAAACUGAAGCAGCUACUUUUGGAGCUCAUCAGCUACAGGGCAUUGCCAACACUUGGUAUGAAUCUUGGGAAUUAUCCCGAGGUGAGGAUGCACCUGACGCUACAUGGGAUGAAUUUACAAGCGCAUUCCUGGACCACUUUAUGCCAAUAGAAGUCAGAGAGGCUAAGGCUGAGCAAUUUCUAAAGCUGAAGCAGAAUGGCAGGUCAGUUCAGGACCACUAUUUAGAAUUUGUCAGUCUGGCUAAGCAUGCUCCACAUAUGGUACCGGAUAUGAGGGUGAGAGUGAGGAGGUUUGUUGGAGGACUUGAUUCCCAUUUGUAUGAUGGGGCCAACAUUCUUUACGAGAAUGGGGGAAUGACCAUCUCCAAGAUGGCUAGUGUGGGUCAGUCGACUUAUACUCAUCCGAUAUGCGGCAAGUGUAACAGGAGACACUCAGGUGAGUGUCGUGUGGGUACUGAUGCCUGCUUUAGAUGUGGUCAGAAGGGUCAUUUUCAAAAAGACUAUCCAUCAGCCAGACAGGGUACUGGAGAUAAUGUGACACAGUCCAUAAAUUCAGCAGCUCCUCGUCACAAUCAGGCCCAGCAGGGGCGUGGCACGACAAGGUCCGGCGAAUACGGCGGUGGUCGAACCGUUUGUAUGCAUUGA